ACUGGGAAACGUCAGGCCACAGUCACUCUCCCUUGUGUCUCAUUAACGUGUGACGAGCUGAGAGUGAAUCAGGUAGAAGCGCACAACAGAAAUGGAGACACUGUAGCGGAGAAAAACUGCCUCAAAGGAGCAGGAAACACGAUGGCGGCGUCUGAUAAGAACUGCUGCGUUUCCCUCACGCGGUGUUUCUUUGACUACUCCACUCCGAAAACUCUGGUGAUCCGGAGCAAAACUGUGGGGGCAAUAAACCGCCUCUGUCAGGCUCUAGUCAUAGCCUAUAUCAUAGGGUAUGUUUGUGUCUGGAAGAAAGGUUACCAGGACACGGACACAGUCAUCAGCUCAGUCACCACCAAGGUGAAAGGCAUUGCUCUGACCAACACCUCUGACUUGGGCACGAGGAUUUGGGACGUGGCCGACUACAUCAUCCCCCCUCAGGAGGAGAACUCAUUCUUUGUACUCACAAACCUGAACAUCACACCAAACCAAACACAGUCACACUGUCCUGAGAAUCCUGGACCUGAAUCCUCAUGCUCUUCAGACCAGGACUGCAAGAAGGGAUUCCGCAACGGCCGACUUAGUGGUGUGCGGACAGGCAGGUGUGUACAUUUCUCGGAGAGGAUUAAGACGUGCGAGGUGUUGGCCUGGUGUCCUCUGGAGAAAUAUGACGAACCUCCAGAUCCUCCGAUGCUGGCAGAAGCAGAGAACUUCACAGUUCUGAUAAAGAACAGCGUCCGGUACCCCAAGUUCAACUUCAGCAGACGAAACAUCUUGCCCCAUAUAAACAGCACCUACUUGUCUAAGUGCGUGUUCAGCCGUGAUACGGAUCCAGACUGUCCAAUCUUCAGGCUCAGAGACAUCGUGGCUGAGGCUGGAGAGGACUUUCAGGCUAUGGCAGUGCAUGGGGGAGUGAUGGGUGUCCAGAUCCGCUGGGACUGUGACCUGGACAUGCCUGCAAACUGGUGCGUCCCACGCUACACAUUCCGCAGACUUGACAACAAGGAUCCAGAAAACAACGUGGCUCCAGGAUAUAACUUCAGGUUUGCAAAGUAUUACAAAAGCAGUAAUGGUGAAGAGAUCAGAACUUUGAUUAAAGGAUACGGCAUCCGCUUCGACAUCAUGGUGUUUGGAAAGGCAGGAAAAUUCAAUGUUGUACCAACACUCCUGAACAUAGGUGCUGGCCUGGGUCUCAUGGGGUUGGUCACUGUGGUGUGUGAUUGGUUUGUCCUUGUUUUCAUGAGAAAACGACAUCUUUACAGAGAGCGUAAAUACUCUUAUGUGGAUGACUUUCAGUUGCUGUCUAAUGAGGUCCCAUAGAGGUCUGAAGAUUUUGGGAAAUACACCUGCACUGACUGACCCUGUUAAUCCUUUGCUGAUUGCACUGAAUUGUGCACUGAUACUUUUUGUAUUUAAACUACUUUUAGGGAAAAUGAACGGAACAAUAAAUCAAUUGAAAUUAUUCAUAA